AUGAACCACAUCCUUCGACCCCUGCUGGACGAAUGCGUAGUAGUGUACCUGGACGAUAUCCUCAUCUACUCCAAGAACAUGAAGGAGCACGUGGAGCAUCUGCGGAAGGUGUUCGAGAUCCUGCGGAGGAAUAAGUUCUACGUAAAGCUGUCGAAGAGCGACUUCUCCCUGAAGAAGGUACAGUUUCUCGGCCACAUGGUGAGUGGCGAGGGCGUAUACGUGGACGCGCGGAAAAUCGAAUCUGUUAAAAAGUGGAAAUUCCCAGAGAACGUGAAGGAGUUGCAGCAGUUCCUCGGCUUCGCCAACUACUACAACAGGUUUGUGCCGCAGUACGCUAAGAUAGCAGCACCACUGAAAGACCUACUGAAAAAAGACACGCCCUUCAAACAGGGUGCUCCUCAUCAGCAAGCCAUGGAACAGCUACAGACAGCACUGACCACAGCACCAGUACUCAUCCUACCGGACCCCAAAAAAGACUACGUAGUUGAAGCAGACGCUAGUGACCAGGCAGUCGGAGCAGUACUGAUGCAGGAUCACGGGAACGGUUUACAGCCUAUCGCCUACCUCAGUAAGAAGUUACACGGAGCAGAACUGAACUACCCCAUCCACGACAAGGAAGCCUUAGCCAUAGUCGUAGCCUUCAAGGCGUGGAGGUGUUACCUGGAGGUAGCCAAGACCACAGUUUACACUGACCACUGCAGCCUCAAAUACCUGAAGUCGCAGCCGACGCUUUCACGACGACAGGUGCGGUGGGUGGAUUUCUUGGAGACCCACUUCCACUACGACAUCGUCUACAAACCCGGGCUACACAACAAGGCAGACGCGUUGAGCCGCCCAGGUCACGUAGCAGGCAUCCAACUCGACGUGAUGAACCCUCUCUUCAAGUGUCUAUUCCAACAUGGAAACUCCGUAGAUGGCGAGAUCGCAACGGCAGAGAAACAGAAGCUGUUACAAUGGGAGAAAGACUUAGCGGUAAGGAAGGGUUCAGGAAAGAUUUGGGUACCGAAUUACGCCCCGCUACGGCAGAUCCUGUUAGAGGAGUUUCACGACGUACCAUACGCGGGACAUUUUGGGAGCAACAAGACGUUAGCAGGAAUAGCGAAGUAUUACUACUGGCCCCGGAUGGCAGCAGACGUGCAGCAGUUUGUCACCUCCUGCGACACGUGCCAGCGGAUGAAGAGUAGCAAGCAGAAGAAAGCAGGGUUACUUCAGCCUCUACCCGUACCGGAGCAGCUAUGGCGGGUCGUUAGUCUCGACAUCGUCACAGGACUUCCCUCGACCUCACGGGGACACGAUUCCAUCCUCGUAGUCAUCGAUAAGUUCUCCAAAAUGGGUCACUUUAUACCGACCAACGCCACAGCUACAGCUGAAGCAACUGCUCGACUCUUCUUCGACCGCAUCAUCACCAUCCACGGCAUCCCCGCUACACUCAUCUCAGACAGAGACCCAAAAUUCACGAAACUCCCAGAAGCAGUAUGCCGAUCGCCAGCGACGAGAUCACUCAGUUCAGUCGGAGAUCAGGUGCUUCUCGACACGCGCAACUUGAACCUGUCUCACCUACCAUCCAAGCUCCGGCCUCGCUUCUGUGGUCCUUUUCUCGUGGAGGCACAGGUGACACCAGUUACAUUCCGCUUGCGCUUACCAGAUACGUGGAAGCUUCACAAUGCUUUCCAUGUUCAGCUACUGAAGCCCUACAAGGACCCCAACCAACAGUUCCAGGGACGGCAGCUACCGCCACCACCACCUGUUCUUGUGCAGGAUGAACCAGAGUACGAGAUCGAGCGCGUUCUCACUCAUCGGCGCCGCGGCGGCAAGACCCUCGAGUUCCUGAUACGCUGGAAGGGAUACGACCCUACUGAGGACAGUUGGGUUGCAGAAUUUGCUAUGGGCAACGCACGCCGUGCUCUCAAGGCCUAUCUUGUCAAGCAUGGUGUAUCUCACGCCACCCAGCUUUGA